AUGUCGCUGCGCGCAUCGAGUGACCUCUACCUGUCCUCUGAUCAACAAGACCUUUUGAUGGCCGCAUUGAACUCCAAUCAAUCUUCCGAACUGAAGUCGGGAUCUAGUACACAAAAGACCACCCCGCAAGCAUCCUCUUUCACUCCAAACAUGUCUAGCGCUCCAGGAUCCGGUCAUCUAGACUUCUCGGAUGAGAGUCCCUACCUCGAUUUUGACCCCGACGGCGACUUUGACGAUUCCUUUGGGUACGAUGAAUCCGGUCGGAUGAUCGGCGAUUUACCCGGCGAUUUGCAUGAUAAGCGCAAAAGUAUGGAUGGACAAGAUGACGAUGACGAAGGUGGCGGCAAGAGACGUGAAGGUGAAGACAAGACAGCCAAAAAACCGGGUAGGAAGCCACUGACAGUUGAACCCACCUCUAAACGCAAAGCACAAAACCGUGCUGCACAGAGAGCGUUCCGCGAAAGGAAAGAAAAGCAUUUGAAAGAUUUGGAGACAAAAGUUGAAGAUCUUGAAAAAGCCUCGGAAUCUGCAACCCACGAAAAUGGUCUCUUGAGAGCCCAAGUUGAACGCUUGCAGGUGGAAUUGAAGGAAUACCGGAAGCGAUUGUCCUGGAUCAGCAGCAAUGGCUUGAACAGAUCGCAAUCCAUGGUGCAAGACCAAAGCCGGAAGUCAGUCACCAACAACAACAACCAGAACGACUUUCAAUUCGAGUUUCCCAAGUUUGGCGACCUUCCUCCGAUGCCCGCCACCAAUCUUUUUAAUAAUGCCAGUGCCCCAAAACAGCAGACUGCUGCUAAUAAGAGAUCAGCAAGCAAUGGAACGUCAAAUUCGCUUGCCAUGAGUCAGACUAAUGGAGCUCGUCGCUCUAAUUCGGCAACCCCUCAACAGAAUCAGCCAGCCAGAUUUGGCUCCUUGAGCCAAUCACCUAUCAGCAGCGCAUUCUCUGCGUCACCUCAGCCUCAGAACCAGCAAAAGGACCAAGGUAGUGUGGAUAGCCUGACAGGGCUGUUCAGUCCAUCCAUCUUGGAAGCCAGCCGACAUACCUCUCUCGGAGGCUAUUUCCCACAGACUGCCUUCAACGCGAACUCGCAGUCUGGCCGUCGCAGUCUAGAUGGCGGUGCCAUGGCUAAUGGACCGGGAGUCUACUCCAACUCAAGUAUAUCAAAUUCCGACUCGCCUGGGUCCUCAGUUGAAUCGCAGAAUGCGAUCUCGUCCAUUGGCACUUCCCCAGAACCAAGCCUCAACUCUCCAGCCAACAAACUGACAGAGUUCAACCUCAACCCUAUCACAGAGGAGAAUCAGCUUCCAUUUGGAGGUAAGGACUACCUUUGCAAACAAAUAUCACAGGCCUGCGGCUGCGUUGAUGACCCAGUCCCUCCAAUAUUGAACCUGUCUAAUGGCAAAUCGUUAGGCUUCGCUGGUGAUACCGGCUUCGACACAAAUGGCAUCAACUGGCUUGCACAGCAGAACAACAACGGCUUCGACCCAGUCCUAUUUGGCGACUACCGGGAGACCCAGGACAAUGUUCUUGCCCAAGACUUUGGCUCUUUCUUCAAUGAUGCUUAUCCUUUACCGGAUCUGGGUAGCCCGUUACACAACUACAAUGAUGUGACAGCAGAGCCGCCCGCAAAGAAUGACCUCAUGAGACAGGUGAACUUGGCGAAGGAUGGUGAAGAAGUGGUGCCUAAUAACGAUAAACCCAUGACCUGCAACAAAAUUUGGGAUCGUCUCCAAUCCAUGGAAAAAUUCCGCAACGGUGAGAUUGAUAUCGACAAUCUCUGUAGUGAGCUUCGGGCAAAAGCAAAAUGCUCCGAGGGCGGUGCGGUGGUUGACAAGAAAGAUGUGGACAAAAUUCUAGGAUCUGCCAGAUAA